AUGUCCGUCGAAAUCGACCCCGUGGAACUUGGGUUCCGCAGGCCCUUUACUGUGGAGGUUUCCCAGGUCCUCAAGAUCAAGAACCCCAACUCGUCGCCUGUUGCUUUCAAGGUCAAAACGACAGCGCCCAAGCAGUACUGUGUUCGGCCAAACUCGGGCCGCAUCGAGCCCGGGCAUGAAGUCGAGGUUUCUGUCCUCCUGCAGGCAAUGAAGCAGGAGCCCCCGGCCGACGCCAAAUGUCGUGACAAGUUCCUCGUCCAAUCCGUCAUGAUCACUGCCGACAAGGAAUUCACAAACGUGACACAGAUUUGGGAUGGAGUAGAGAAGUCGGCAGUUCAGGAAAAGAAGAUCCGGGUCGCCUGGCUUGCGCCGAACGAAGGGCUCGCUACCCCUGUCCGGCAGACGGCUACGAAUGGGUUCGACGCAACCCCUGACACCGCCCCUCCCGCGUACUCCUCUCCGCAGGACGACACCACCGUCCUCGAGGACACGACCGCCGUUUCCUACCACGAGCAAGAAGAGCCUAGCCACGAACCCGAAUCCACACAAGCUACCCAGGCAACGGCCUUCGCCGCCCCCGCCGCCAUCGCGGGCAGCGUCCGAUCCGCCGCGACCGAAACCUACGAGGAGCUCAAGGAGCGGGCAGCCAAGGCGGAAGCGACCGCCGCGUCGCUCAAGAACGAACUGGCCAGCGGCCUGCGGCAGCGCAAGGCAGGGAACAAAUCGGACGACAACAGCAGCGCGGGGAGCGGGACGCCGAAGCUCGCGCAGGCGGAGAGGCAAUCGUCGAGGGGCACCGAGGGCGUGCCGGUCGGGAUCGUGGCGUUCCUCUGCCUGGUCAGCUUCCUGCUGGGGUAUAUCUUCUUCUAG